CAAUCACGUCAAAAAGAUAAUGCUCGGUGGAAGGGAAAAGUGCUAAACAGCAGAUCUCUCUCGUUUUGUGGUUGAAGAUUAGUGAAAAAUUGAGCCUCUGCGAACCAGUGGAGCUCAGUUAUUAUGGUGUUUUCGAAGCGAAAGAUGAAGCAGUUGUUCGCGUUCGGUGUGGCCAUCGUUUUGGUGAUCUGUUUGUACAAGUCAUGGGGCAACCCGACCAGCGGUAAGCUAAAUCUAGGAAUCGGCAGCGAAAAUGACCUAGAGAAUGGCAUAGAUCAGGUAAAGUUUGCACAACAGCGUCAUGAGCUUCUACAGGGGAUACCUGCCAAAAGUCCUCCCGGCGGUGUCAGCAGUAACUUUGCUGGGGCUGCAGAAAUGCUGCACGACGAUCAGGAAAACCGUUUGAACGAGUUGCAUCAAGCUAAGAAGCAAAUUCUGGAACUAGAACGGAAAAUUCAGGAACUGGAGGGUCGCAUUCCGAGAAAGUAUCCUGACGUUACAUUCCUCAACUACAAGAACAGAAAACGAAUUUUGAUUACUGGUGGUGCCGGUUUCGUGGGGUCUCACCUCGUCGACUACCUUAUGAUGCAGGGCCACGAGGUGAUUGUGGCGGACAAUUUCUUUACCGGUCGGAAGCGCAACGUGGAGCACUGGUUGGGUCACGAAAACUUCGAGCUCAUCCAUCAUGACAUUGUCAAUCCGCUGUUCAUCGAGGUGGAUGAAAUCUACCAUCUGGCGAGCCCGGCGAGUCCACCGCAUUACAUGUACAAUCCGGUGAAGACGAUCAAAACCAACACGCUCGGAACGAUCAAUAUGUUGGGCUUGGCGAAACGGGUAGGCGCCAAGGUGUUGAUUGCCAGCACGUCGGAGGUGUACGGCGAUCCGGAUGUGCAUCCACAACCGGAGACCUACUGGGGUCAUGUGAAUCCCAUCGGGCCCAGGGCGUGCUACGACGAGGGUAAACGUGUAGCCGAAACACUGAGCUAUGCGUAUGCCAAGCAGGAAAAUGUAAAUGUCCGUGUGGCGAGAAUAUUCAACACCUAUGGACCUCGGAUGCACAUGAACGAUGGACGAGUGGUAUCCAACUUCAUUAUUCAAGCACUGCAGAAUCAGUCAAUUACGAUGUACGGAAGUGGUCAACAGACACGAUCAUUCCAGUACGUGUCCGAUCUAGUUGACGGGCUGGUCGCGCUGAUGACAUCUAACUAUACUCAACCCGUCAAUUUGGGGAAUCCGGUGGAGCGUACGAUUGAGGAAUUUGCCGAGAUUAUUCGAGAUUUGGUCGGGUGCAAAAGUAAAAUCAUCGAACUGCCAGCAGUAGAGGACGAUCCUCAACGGAGGAAGCCGGAUAUUUCCCGCGCCAAGAAAUAUCUUAACUGGGAACCGAGGGUUCCACUGAAGGAAGGUCUAGACAAAACGAUCGAAUACUUCCGGAAAGAAUUGGCACGCUCGAAUCACUCCCAGCGGAAUAUAUUUGUGCCAGAAACGACUGAAAACACUUAGCAGUAGCAGCAGUACCACUUACGGUUAUUUUACUCCAGUAGAUGCUAUGGACUUGUGGUGGAAUAGAUACACAAAAAGUCAAUGAAGGGUGCAAUAUCCUCCUGGCCACGUAACCAGUUCCCGGUCUCCAUGCUGUUGCAGUACAAAUUUCCCAAAACAUGAAACGUACGAUAGCACACGUAAUUCCUACAUCAUCCGAUCUAUCAUUCGCCAACUAAAAUUAGUUAAUUGUAAAUAGAAAUGUAUUUAAUAACGAAAUCAAAAUCAUUCUGUCGCAGGGAACAUUACAACAUUGUCGGAGGUCUUUCUUGAUUUUAGGUUGUGGUCAUUUUUUUUACAGUUAUUGUUGUAUGUGUGUACAUUUGUUAGGCCUAUCUUUUGUGUAUACUCUUAUUCUGUCUAGUCUUGUUUAAUUUUUGCAGAAAUAUUUUAAACAUGUUUUCAUUUUUUUAGGAUUGUAAAUAAAGACAAAAGUGAGGGAUUAUAUGAAACA